CCUCAACGCAAAAGAUGGGCCGCCGGACUUCUCCUGAAUCGUCAUCUCUCUCCGCCAGCGCCCACGGCGACCAGUGCCCCCCUUGUCGUCUUUCUCGUCAGGGGCCCUGUGUGCAGCGUCUGCCAAACAAAUCUACGACUCAUCCCAGUUGUUUGCAUCGACACUCAAAGAACCCUUCGCCGCAGGAUCCGAAGCAGCUUGUCGCCGUCUGGGGACCCCAUUCGAACCAUCGUGCCCCAAAUUCCCGUCUGUGGACGGCGGCUGUGUCGACGGGUCGUCAACUGCGUUGAGCUGGCUCGCCUCUCCACCGACAACGCGCAAACCGAUCUCACCCGCGUGGAGAGUUUCGUGCGGUGUUUCACCGCGCAUUUGGGCCUCGGUCUUCCGGCCUGGACGGCCGUUUCGACGUCGAUUCUUCGACCUUGACGAUCUCGAACAGCGUCGCACGCUAUCGCGAACUCCCGACACCGCACGCAGCCGCAUCUGGCCACGUUACCGCCGUACACGAUCGGGCUCGUUGCUGGAGAGCCGGACGCCCGCCGGCUCGGAUCUCGCCGGGCGCAACCGGACUCUCACUGCAGGCCCGUGUCCAUCAUGAGAGCGGCCCUCGGCCACCAACUGUGUCGUCUCUUCGUCUUUCACGUAACUUUCUGAGCAGGAAGCGCCGGCCAUGUCGUCCGCAGACAAGUCGAGGCAGUCCUCGGGCGGCCGCUCCAUAUUCUCCCGGAGCAAGAACAAGGACCGGCGGACGACCGAAACCGACCACCUCGAUAUCGCCAGCACCAUGAGCUCGCGCGUCUCGCGCCACAAACGAGACUCCUCCACAGUCUCCAUCGAUGCGCCCGCGUCCCCAGACUUGGGAAUCAACAUGACGGCGGGCGUGGUAACCUCGAUACCCUACGAGAGUGUCCCGGCCGGCCCGCGGUCUCCGAUCCCCGUCGAAUACCUCCCGAAAUCCGAUCAAGUGCCUGUGCGCCGCGAUCCCUUGCCGCAUCAUCUAAACAAAGUCGGCUCGGACUUCCACCAGUACCCAACCUUUGAUCCGUCGAGCCUCCACCCCGGAUCCCAUGCCUCUACGGCGCGACCCCACACUAGCGGUAUGAACGUGACUAUGGCCUCGACCGGCCGUCAGGCACAGUUCCAGCAAUGGGGCCCUCCUCGUGGCAGCGUUGCCAGCACCGUCAACGGUUCUCGCUACGACUCUUACAUGGCUCCGAACGGCCGGGUCUCGGGGGACAACCUCAGCUUAUACUCAGGUAAUCCGGCCUAUCGUGAAGUAGGAGGAAUGGCGCGCUCAUCGCAAGCAGCUCUUCCUACCACAUCGUCUCAGAGCUCCUACGGCUCUCAGGCCUCGCAUCGAGAUUCGCAUCGCCUGACCAAGCUCUCUGGGGGCGGCGGGCACGACGGCUUCUACUUUCCCAAGCCCGACGACGACAAUGUCGUCGAACAGAUGUUCAUGCAGCUGAUGCAGAAGCGAGGAUGGCACAACCUCCCGGAACAGGCCAGACGGCAGAUGAUGGCUUACCCUCCACAGAAGAAGUGGACACUGCUGCACCAAGAUCGCUUGACAGAGUGGCAGGGAGAGCAGAAGCGCAGACAGACCGCUCGGACGAAUCAGUACACGACGCCCGACGUCACCACCUACUCCGACGAAGAGGGCGCGCCGGAAUGGUACGUGCGGAAAGUCAUGGAGGACAGGCUGGACUCGAAGGGCAUGGGGAGCCUCGAAGUCAACCUCCGCACGCAACAGAUAGGCUGGGUAAAACGAUUUGUCGAGUGCCAGGGCCAGGUUGCGCUGGUGACUCUGCUGCUGAAGCUCAACCGCAAGACAGCUGUCGGCCCCGCGCCCGACAGCAACAAGGCCGAAAAGAACCUCGAUCGCGAAUAUGACAUCGUCAAGUGCCUCAAGGCGCUGAUGAACAACAAAUUCGGCGCCGACGAUGCGCUCAUGCAGUCCAAGGUCUUACUCGCCCUGGCCACGUCACUCACGUCUUCACGCAUCACCACCAGGAAGCUUGUCAGUGAAAUCCUGACCUUCUUGUGUACCUGGGGCGAGAACGGCGAAGGACAUCUCAAGGUCAUCCAGGCGCUGGACGAGGUCAAGGCGCAAUCAGGAGAGAAUGGCAGAUUUGAUGCUUGGAUGCGGCUAGUUGAGGUGACGGUCGACGGCCGAGGCAAGAUGGGCAGCCUCGUCGGCGCCAGCGAAGAGCUUCGCACGGGUGGCAUCGGCAUGGAGAACCUGCUCAUGGAAUACGCGGUUGCGACGUUGAUGCUCAUCAGCAUGAUCGUGGACUCCCCCGAGCGCGACCUUCAGCUGAGAGUGCACAUCCGGGCCCAGUUCACGGCUUGUGGCAUCAAGAGGAUCUUGACGAAAAUGGAGGGGUUCCAGUAUGAGCUGCUUGACAAGCAGAUCGAACGCUACCGAACGAACGAGGCGAUCGACUACGAAGACAUGCUCGAGAGGGAAAACAGCAGCAUCAAGGACAAUGUCGAGGGCGAGAUGAAGGACUUGACAGACCCCGUCCAAAUCGUUGAUGCCAUUCAGCAGCGCAUACAAGGAAGCAAGUCCCAGGACUACUUCAUCUCGGCUCUGCAGCAUCUCAUGCUCAUUCGCGCUAACGAUGGUGAGGAGCGGUUGCGAAUGUUUCAACUCGUCGAUUCGAUGCUCAGCUACGUGGCCAUGGACCGACGUCUACCGAACCUGGACUUGAAGCAGAGCCUCAACUUUACCGUACAGAGUCUCCUCGACAAGCUGCAUACGGACUCGGAGGCCAGGCAGGCACAAGAUGAAGCCUUGGAGUCGCGCCAAAUCGCAGAUGCCGCCAUGGCGGAGCGCGAUGAGAUGCGCGCAAGGCUAGAGCUUGGCGCGGAUGGUCUGGUCGCCAAGAUGCAGAAGCAGCUAGAUGAGCAGUCACGUUUCAUCGAGGCGCAACGGCGACAAGCCGAUGGCCUGAAAGCCGAGUUAGAAAACCUGCAGGCUUUGAGAGCAAAAGAAGCUCAGAGGAACGAGUUGGAGACGCGCGAACUCUAUCUGAUGCUCCGCGACGCCCAAGACAUUGCGGCCUCCAACGCUCUCAAGGGCAGCAAGAAACCCGAAAACGCUGCCAAGGAUGCCUCGCAGAUGCAAGGCAUCCUGGACCGCGAACAGCUCAUGGAUCGCCUCCAGAGACAGCUCGAAAGGCAGAAGACGCAGUACAAGUUGGAGGGCAGGGUCUGGGGCGAGGCGAACGGCCCUUCAGAUCGGUUGCGCGCCUUGCGCGAAGAGAUGGAGGGCGACGAACCCAUGACACCAGUCGGCGGUGGGACUCCGCCACGAGACUUUACCAACAGCGUGCUUGGCAGUAUAAGCCGACAGACGAAGAUCUCACGCAAACCUGUCAACGCGCCCAGGGCCGACGACGAUGCCAUCGAAGAAGGCGACGAGACUGAGGGCGACGACGGAGUCAUCUACGAACGACCCAGGAUCGUUGAGAUGAAGCGUCCCGUCAUUGACCCCAGGCAACAAGCCGGUUUAGUCGAUGAGAUCGGUGCCAAGGUCAAGAAGUACGAAGGAAGCGACUCUGAGGAUGGAGAUGGCGUCACGACUGGCCCGACUCACCCCAGCAUCGAGUCCUCCACGCCUCUCACGCCUUCGGAUGGAGACACCCCGAAGAUCGAUGUCAGCGAGCCGGCCGCCGCUGCAGCGCCGCCGCCGCCGCCUCCUCCUCCUCCACCUCCCAUGCCGGGCCAGGUCCCUGGUGCGCCUCCCCCUCCGCCGCCACCGCCGCCACCACCUAUGCCUGGCAUGAUGCCAGGAGCUCCUCCACCGCCGCCCCCGCCACCCCCGAUGCCUGGCUCAGCAGCUAUGCCUCCACCACCUCCGCCGUUGCCAGGGCCCUUAUCUGGCGGCUUCUUGCCGCAAAAGCCAGCGUUUGCCGCCGCUCCCGGUAUCGGACUGCCCGUUGUGAGGCCCAAGAAGAAGCUCAAGGCGCUGCACUGGGAUAAGGUCGAUACCCCUGAAUCCAGCCACUGGGCUGCACAUGCUCCCACGGCGGAGGAGAGGGAAGAAAAGUACAACGAGCUCACCCGCAAGGGAAUUUUGGAUGAAGUCGAGAAGCUGUUCAUGGCCAAGGAGAUCAAGCAACUUGGCGGCGGCUCUUCUAAAAAGGGCGACAAGAAACAAAUCAUCUCUGCAGAUUUGCGAAAGGCAUACGAAAUCGCCCUUGCCAAGUUCUCGCAGCACUCGGUGGAGAAGAUUGUGCAGAUGAUCAUACACUGCGACAAGGACGUCUUGGACAACCAGGUCGUCAUGGACUUUUUGCAAAAGGAUGAUCUGUGCAACAUCCCUGACAACACCGCGAAGCAGAUGGCCCCGUACAGCCGAGAUUUGACAGGGCCAGACGCAAACAGUCAGACAAGGGAAAUGGACCCGUCAGAGCUGACACGCCAGGACCAGAUCUACCUUUACACGGCAUUUGAGCUUCAUCACUACUGGAAGAGCAGAAUGAGGGCUUUGGCGCUCACGCGCAGCUUCGAGUCGGACUAUGAUGAGCUCAACGAGCGUAUCCGCCAAGUCGUCACAGUCUCGGAGAGCCUUCGAGACUCUGUGUCACUCAUGAACGUCCUAGGCCUUAUUCUUGACAUCGGAAACUACAUGAACGACGCCAAUAAACAGGCUCGCGGCUUCAAGCUCAGCUCGCUGGCACGACUGGGCAUGGUCAAGGAUGACAAGAACGAGUCGACGUUGGCGGACCUUGUGGAGCGCAUUGUGCGCAACCAGUACCCCGAAUGGGAGGGCUUUGUGGGCGACAUAAGUGGUGUUUUGGCUGCGCAAAAGGUAAACGUCGAGCAGCUCAGCACGGACGCCAAGAAAUACGUCGACAAUAUCCGCAACGUGCAAAUGUCCCUGGAUUCGGGCAACCUGAGCGAUCCGAAGAAGUUCCACCCGCAGGACCGCGUGAGCCAGGUGGUCCAGAGAUGCAUGAAGGAUGCUCGCAGAAAGGCAGAGCAGAUGGAGCUGUAUCUGGACGAGAUGAUGAAGACGUACAAGGACAUCAUGGUGUUUUACGGCGAAGACCCGACCGACGAAAACGCCAGGAGAGAUUUCUUCCACAAGCUGGCGACGUUCCUGAGCGAGUGGAAGAAAUCGCGAGAGAAGAACGUGCAGCUGGAAGAGACGAGGAGACGCAACGAAGCCUCGAUGAAGCGCAAACAUGCCCAGCAAAAGGCUGUCUCAGCGCUCGCAGACAAUGGCGCUCCCUCGCCGACAAGCACCGGUGCCAUGGACUCGCUCUUGGAGAAGCUCCGGGCCGCCGCGCCUCAGGCUCGGGACCAGAGAGACCGUCGCCGCCGCGCAAGGCUCAAGGACAGGCACCAGGUUCGCGUCGCGUCGGGCCAAAAAAUACCCGACCUCAACGAGAUCCCCGAGGCGGAAGCUGUGCUGUACAAGGAGGAGACGAUCAGCGAAGAAGGCAACCCGCUCAGCCCUGCGCUCACGUCGCCUCACGACGGCGAGGCCGACGUGGCAGAUAGGGCCGCGGCGCUUCUGCAAGGUAUGCGUGGGGGCGAGGGGGCCGACGGGGAUGACCUCGACAAGAGGGAGAGCCUGCGCAAGGCGAGGAGACAGACGGCGGAGGAGGAGCGGCGGCUGCGCAGGAGGCGGAGAGAGAAGGCAGCGGCGAGUCAAGGGGACGACAGCACACUGGGCGGUGACGACGGCCCCCCUGCAGAGGAAGACAAUACCAAGGCGAGUGAAGAGACGGAGGGCGUCGAAGGUGACACCGAGGAACGGCCGACGGACAAGGACGAGAGGGCUAGCAUCAGCACGGACUUAAAUGCAUAGGCAGCGAGCGACAGCAUACCGUCUGCAGUACGUAAUGUUUUAUUAUCUACAUGGCGCGGACGGAGGCGAGGGUCGCAAGGGAUAUGUUGGGCAAGAUUUAGUGGCGAGCGGGGAAGGUUGCGAGUCGCAUGUAUCUUACAAAGUACAGUCGCUUCAAUUCUCCCAAGUCUUGGAGUUGCGCGUACCUGACCGAGUGUUGGUCGCACAUGCCGCUUUACCCUUGCCAUUUGAUGCAUAUCCCAAUGACAUUUUGUUCUUGUACGACGAGGCAAUAAUGCGUGGGCACGUACAAAGCAACGUGACAGGCGUUUAAUAUCAUGUAUUAAGUUGAUAUAACCGACAAGAUGCACGAAAGAAAAAGUCGCAUGUCCCAUUGCGCCGCUCCAGACCAACGCCACGCAACCAACAACCACCACCGCCAACCAUGCACGAAAAGCACUGCUGCGGCGCGACGUGCCAAAGGUUCCAUCCCAAGCCAAACGGGUACGCGCCGUGCUGCUGCUGCUGCUGCUGCCGCCCCGACCGACCGCUCCUCUCUGCCGCUGG